UGGUCAACAAACAAAAUGUGGUAUUUUUCGUGACGUUUUACGUGUGAAUUUUGUAAAACCAAAAAAGUUAAAUGCUGCAAGUUAUUUAUCAAAAGAAUUGAGCUUGUGCAGACGUAUAUAACAAAUAUUCAUCAAAACCAAAACUUUUGAGUAUAUCGCAUUUUACCUGAAGAAAUAUGCCUAAACGUGGAGGAGGAAGGCCUAGGAACUGGAAGGAUGAACACUUUGAACAUGAUGAUAGAAUACAAACAAGCAAUACAAGGAGAGUCAGCUUCAAGCCUGGUACGAACAAAGGAAAGCAGAAGUUUCGUAACUGGAAUGAUGCAAAACUAAAUCUCUUGGACGAUGACAUUGAUAUGGGAGCAAAUUCAGGGCAAGGUCCUAACAACAGGAAGAGUCAUUAUAGAGGUCGGGGAGGUCGUGGAGCCAACUCGCCAAUACCAAGAGGAGGCGGUGUACCCAAGAAAAGGUUUAUUGUUGGCCUGUUACCUUGGUAUCAGAUCAUCAUCCCCUAUGGAGCCAAGCAUGACAAAGAUGUCAUACUGAAGACUUUAUUGAGUUUCAUCUCUCCGGAAAUAUUUAUUCCACAUUACUACAAAAUCAACGGAAAUGCGGCUGUGUUUUAUGUGGACGAUGUUAAGAUUGCUGAGAAGCUGUUCAACGCAGACCGAAAGAUCACUAUGCCCGAUGGGUUCAAACUGGUGGUAAUUGUAAGGAAUGCAGUUCCGAAUGUGUCCAUUGACGAUGACAUGAAAGAGAAGAUGAAACUCACGAUGGCCAAGAGAUAUAAUCCUGCUACAAAGGCCUUGGACUUAACGAAAUUUCAUGCUGACCCUGACUUGUCGGACAUAUUCUGUGCCCUCUCCCGCCCAAUGAUAAUGCUGGCUGCAAUAGACAUUAUCGCUGAGAACAUUCCCGAUCUUGAAGCGUUGAAUCUGAAUGACAACAAGCUGCAUGGAAUUGAACAUCUCAAGAUUCUAUCAAGUAAAUUCAAGAGCUUGAAGAUUUUAUACAUGGGAGACAACAGGAUACCAUUUCUGGGGUCACUGGAUGCCCUGAAAGCGUUGCCUCUGGUCGAGCUGUACCUGAAAGGGAAUCCCUUGGUGAACAGGUUUAAUGAUCACGAAAUUUAUGUCAGCGAUGUGCGGAAGAAGUUCCCCAAGCUGACCAGACUGGACGGAGCGGACCUGCCCCCAUCGAUUGGAUUCGACGUGGCCGAUGACGUCAACCUGCCCCCUCGCCAGCAAUCAUUCUUAGUGAACCCAUCAGGCCAAGACCUGGUCAGAGAGUUCCUCACGCAAUACUACGCGAUAUAUGACUCCGAGUCGCGGCAAGCGCUUUUGGAAGCUUACCAUGAGCAUGCGAUAAUGUCCUUGACUUGUAGUUACUUGAGCAAUGAUAACAGGAACUCUAAUAUCACCAGACUGAAUUCCUACCUACCAAACAGUCGCAACAUCAUCCGGAUGACGGAGCGCGAGUACCGGCGGCGCUACCUCAAAACCGGACGGCUACAAGUUGUUACAUUAUUAUCGGAGUUCCCCAAGACCACCCAUGACCUCAUGGGAUUCGCUGUUGAUCUGCUGGUUUAUACUCCGGCGAUGAUCGUGCUAAGCAUGAACGGCGUGUUCAAGGAGACCACCACCAACGGCAACCCGACGCGCUCGUUCCACCGCACCUUUGUCAUCGUGCCCAACGCCGCCGGCGGGUUCAGCAUCAUCAAUGAUAUGCUGUUCAUCACCAACACUACUAAAGAACAGGAGGAGAAAGCCUUCGCAACGGGUGCUCCCGAGACGCCCGCACCGGCGCCGGCGGCGAUGGCUGUUCCCAUGGCGGCGUCAAGUGCGCCGGACGCCCAGAAAGCCAUGCUCGCCAUGCUCAGCCAGCAGACUGGAAUGAACGAUCAUUGGAGCGUCAACUGCCUUCAAGAGACCGGUUGGGAUCUACAAAGAGCACUAUUCAUCUUCAACCAACUGAACUCAGAAGGCAAAAUACCUCCAGAUGCCUUCGUGAAGUGAAUGUCUUUCGGAGAAUCCGGGCUGGCCUCUGUACAUAUUAAUUAAGAAGAUAUACUUGUGAGAAGACAACGCGGUUUGUGUCCAGACUUUGCAUUGAUUUAAGAAUACAUUUGUGUUGGUUGUUGUAUUUUAUCUCUUAUUGUGAGACUGUUACUAGUUCCCAUUGUAUCUAAUCAAAUAUUUGAGGAUUUCCUCUUGAGAAUUUUCUUAAAAUAAUCCAUUGGGAUUGGCUUCUGUAAUUGAUUGGUUGUUCCUAAUAAAAUGAUUGUAAGGGCCUUUUUCCUAUGAUGCCGAUUUCGGCACUGUCUCUCUAAUCUGUGGUGUGCGUAUCACGCUGCUAGUUACGUUUUUGUAGCGCGCGUAAGAGGAAAAACAUGUAUGAAAUAAUAAAACGUAAAAUCUGCAUCGCAGGAAAAAGUCACUUAACUUAUUUAUUUUGGCAUAGUAAAGUUUAUUUCCAAGAUUACAUAAUAUUAUGUAAAGAAUUUUUGAUUUUCAUAUACAAUGUUAAAAUUCUGUAUAAAAUAAUUCGUUAAGAAGUAUCUGCAGAUGUUUGUUUAUAAAUAACAUACGACUAAUAUUUAAAUUGUAAGGUUUCAACUAAUACGCAUUUCUGUAAUUUCUAAGGUUCAUAUUCUGACGUUGGUUAAAGCUCAAACAAAGAUUCAAAUCUAUGAUUGGUUUCAAUAUUUUGAUCAAUCAUAGGCAUAAUAGUGAAUAGAUUCAUAUUUGAACGACGUUUCAGAAUGUGAACCUUAUUGGUACUUAUAAUUUUUGCAUUCAAGAUAACUUAUUCAAUAUUUACAGAAUUAAUAUAUUCAACCACUUUGUAGAAUAUAUUCAACCACUUUGUAGAAUAUAUUCAACCACUUUGUAGAAUAUAUUCAACCACUUUGUAGAAUUUAUUCAACCACUUUGUAGUCAUGAUUAGCUGUGUAACUUGAUUGUUAAUUUUACGAUGUCAUAGCGUACUCUGAAACUCAAUAAUACGCACUUUAAGUUAUUUACUUCGAAUAUUUUGUACAUAGAUAUUUCUAAACGAAAAAGAUGCAUAUUAUCAAUUUGUUAGUGUUAGGGAUUUUGAAUGUAAUAAAAUCUUUGUCGAAAUAAUGUGAGCCAUUUAAGGAAAUAGGAUAAUUUUGAAUGCUACUCGAAUAGCAUAUUUUGAUUGUAGUCUAAGUUUUCUGUUUAUUGAGAAGAUUUAUUUAGUUUACAAUAUACUUAAAAAAAAAAAAGAAAAUGCUCUAAAAAGAAUACAACCAAAUGAAAAGAAAAAAAAUGUACAUAUAAAAGUAAGAAGAAUGAGCAAUUUGGAUUAUACACUGGAUUUUGUAAAUAUUUUUCUCGCAAAGGGUGUUAGAGACUAGUUGUCGGGUGCACGGCUAUGUAUCCAUUGGGUAGCGAGUUUCUCGGUUCAGAUUGGCAAUGAGGGUUCCAUAAGGGCCUGAGUGCCGUUCCAUGGUCGUUAGCGGUCAUUGUGUGGACCGUGCCGCGACGGAACCCCUGAGGAAGACCCCUGUGGGCUAGUCGCGUGGAUUGUUGGAGGACCAUGGACGUAUUUUGACGGGAACUCCGCUGAUUUU